UCUAAGCAGUAGGAGAAGAUCAAAAAUGAGCCAACUAGGGUACUUUGACCCCAGGCUAGUCCAGAUGUUGAGGACAAACCAUCAGAAAGGACUGUGGACUGUGAAAUUAGGAUUAAAGGUCUGAACUUUGGAAGAAGUAAACUGGCUAGAGGAGAAAUGACUAAGGAAUUCUCUACACUAAGGUAGGCUGAGUGAAAAAACUCGGCGGCGGCAGCAGCAGCAGUGGUGGCCGAGCAGGAGGAGGUGGUGGCAGCGGCAGCGGCGGCGGCAGCGGCGCCGGCGCGGCCAAGGAGGAGGAGGAGGAGGCGGCAGCGGAGGAGGAGAGGGAGGAGGCAGAGGAGGAGGAGGAGGAGCGGCGGCGGGGACUGGUGUGGGGAUGGCGGAGAUACCGCCCGGGCCUAGCAGCCUCCUCCCUCCGCCGCCACCGCCACCGGCCGCGGCAGAGCCCUGCUGCCCCUUCCCCGCGGGGGCCGCCCCGAUCUGCUGCAGCGAGGACGAAGAGGACGACGAGGAGCAUCGAAGAGGAGGAGAGGGAGGCGGCGGCGGCGGCGGCAGGGGUCGGGGCCGGAGCCCGUCCGGCGAGGCGGCUGCCUCCAAGGGGCAUCAGCGUCUCCAUUGCCCCAAGACACCGGCGUCGUCGCUGCCUCCGCCAGCGCAGCCGCCGCAGGAGCAGCAGCAGCAGCAGCAGCAGCAACUCAAUGGGUUGAUCAGCCCCGAGUUGAGACACCUUCGGGCAGCCGCCUCCCUUAAGAGCAAGAUCGUGGGCGCCGCCGACACGACUUCGGGCCCCGCCACCGACGGGAAUCAGAGGGCGAUUGCAACCAAAAGAUCUGGGCAGCCCCCCAGUGAGAGACCCCCUCACACUCUCCCUAAUAAUGCAAGAACUGCGCCCCCAAACCCUGCAGCACCGGCGGCGGCUGUAACAGCAGCGAGCGGCCUGGCGGCGGCCCGCAAUGGACUGGCUGGAGGGACUGAGCAGGAGGAGGAGGAGGAGGAAGAUGAAUCGCUGCUGCUGCUCUCCUCGUCCCUGACAGCUGUCUGCAGCUUAACAACCUCCUCUGACAGGGAGGCAGAACCUGAGGAGGAUCGGACGAUACGAUAUGUCCGAUAUGAAUCCGAGCUACAAAUGCCCGAUAUCAUGAGACUGAUCACCAAAGAUCUGUCUGAACCCUACUCCAUUUAUACCUAUAGAUAUUUUAUCCACAACUGGCCACAGCUAUGCUUCUUGGCCGUGGUAGGGGAAGAGUGUGUAGGUGCCAUCGUUUGCAAGUUGGAUAUGCACAAAAAGAUGUUCCGCAGAGGUUAUAUAGCCAUGUUAGCAGUGGAUUCCAAAUACAGGAGAAAUGGCAUUGGUACUAACUUGGUUAAGAAAGCUAUUUAUGCCAUGGUUGAAGGAGACUGUGAUGAGGUUGUCUUGGAAACCGAAAUUACAAAUAAAUCUGCUUUGAAACUUUAUGAAAAUCUUGGUUUUGUGCGAGAUAAAAGGCUGUUCAGAUACUAUUUAAAUGGAGUUGAUGCACUGCGUCUUAAACUAUGGCUGCGUUAAAAGAAACUAUCACAUGAAGGAACAACUUCCAACAGCGCACAGUCGGCCUUUGCAUGCAAUGCAAUUUGUACAGAAUUGCUUUGCAGGUGGAUUUCAUAAUUUCCAUGCAGCUCUUACCUGUCAGUGUCUCAUUGAGUGUCGCACAUAUUUGUUGCACUAUGGCAUGGCACAUUUGUUCUGAAUUAAAAGAUUGUUUCAAACUUCGAGUUUUUUUGGUACCAGCAAGAUGUGCCAGUUGCUAGCCAAGAUUGUUUGUUCAUUUGCAAGUCUACUGACAACAUUAUAUACACAGUGAACAUUUUAUCACAGAACCUGUAUGUGGAACAUAAUUUUUGUUCCUGAAAAAAGCCAAUUUAGAUUGUAAAAUUCUCUAAGUAUACUAACAUUUCAUACAAAACUUGCCAUAGUUUUCUGGGGAGGGGGGAAAGCUUCAAUUUUAGGUUUUAUUUUUCAAUAUUGAAUUUUCCAUUUUUGAAUAUUGGUACCUCAGUGAUUAGUGAAUGAAAAAAGUGUAUUGUAGGGUGGGGUGUGUGUUACAACAAGUAACAGUAACAAUUAAAUUGCGUCUCCCAGUGCCUGUAUAAAUAAGAAUAUUUGUCUUCAUCUCUAAUUUUUUAGUGCAUGCUUUCUUUUUAUUUCCUUUUAAAAUGUCUUUGCAAGAAAACUGCUUUUAUUUAAAUUCUGAAUUUGAUAAUAAAUUAUUUCAGAUUUUAUAAUUUGGAUACUUUUCCCAGGCAAGAGACAAAGCUAUUCUUAUACAUCAAAAAAUAGAAGCU